UUUUCCCAGCCUUUUCUAAACGCUUAAACUUUAGCCUGUAUCCUUUUUAUGUACAUUUUUCUUUGUAUAUAUGCUUAUUCCUUUUUCCCAUUUUCGUUCAGUUGUACAUUAUUCUUUUUUCUAUGACCGAUCAGUUUAAAUGGUUUUUUCCGAUCAGUUUUCCUAAUCAAUUUGUAGUACAUUAUUCUUCUUAAGCCUUCCUUAUUACUUUGCUUCACAUUAGCAAUAUUUAGCCUUUCUUACUUUAAUAUUUGUCCGUAAGAGUUGGUUUAUAGAUUCUAGAGGCGUGCGAGACCAAAAUUUUCCCGAACUUAAGACCAAGAUUAGACUCUUUUUCCUCUCUUUCCUUUGACUGGAUGACAGCUUGUCGUGCUUUUUUGGGGCUUAAUUCAUGAAAAGGUCGGCGCAAUGAGCUCACCAGAAAGAACUCGAUGAGCCGAGUCGAAUGACACCAAAAUCAGCUCUAUAUGAUGAUUCUGAACAAAAUUAUAACAAAUUUAAUCCGGUGGAAAAACUGUGCUACUACAGCGGGUAUCGAACGAGCGACAAGAAUGUUUUUAGUGAGAUUCGAAUGUACUCCCACGAAUUUUAUUCAUUAUAUUAA